AUGGCUCCGCUGAAGAACCUAAAAAACACGUUGCUCGAUGCAGACGUGCUGAUAGACGUGUCCAAAAUUAGAAUCUACGCGAAGGAAAAUUUUGACCUCGAAUUAAUAAAUAAUGUAAACGAUCGGUUUGUAGAAAAGACAUACAACUUGUUGGUGGACACGAGGGAGAAGAUGAUUCCGGAGGACGAGCUGCAUGAUUUUAUAUUUCUGCUGAUGAAUGAACGGAAGGAAAACAGCCAUCUCGAAAGGAGGAGCAGGAAGGGGCACGGUAAAAGGGACUCCGCCGGAGGGUCAGCCAAAUGCCCAAUAAAAAAUGAAGUCACCAAUUUGAUAAAAAAAAUGAAUAAGUUUCACUUUUAUUUUAAAGAGUUUCUACGGAAGGAUAAACUGCGGAUGGAUGCCGCGGACCGGGGCGAUGGAAGGGCCUCCACGUGGGGCACUACCAGGGGUACUACCAAUGAUAAUCGGGGAGCCCGCAGCCAGUCGGCUCUCCAACCGAACGGAGGUAACACGUGCAGGAAGGAUGGCAUUCGUGCGUCGUACACACAGAGGAAGGGGGAAUCGCCGCAUUCCCAGAGUAGGCAGAGAAAGGAGCAGCGGGAGAAAACAGAACGAGCCAUUCGCAGCUUGUUGAGAAGCGGCCUCAGUGAGACGGAGCUGGACGUGGCUGAGGAGAUGCAUGCUACUUCCGGAGGACCAGAACGCGCGACGAAGGUGGCCCCAUUUAGUCAACGCGUAAGGUUGCACAAUGCUUCCCCUCCCUCUUCUGAUGAUGAUAAAGUGAGAGAAGGGGAAGACGGGCAACCCUACCGUAGCGAUUACGUCGAGGGGGGGUGUACCUUCCAAAGGGGCUGCCCCAGUUUGGGUGCAGGAAGAAGCACGCAUACCCGGAGGAGGCACAAGCAGGGCGUCGGUCAGUUAGGAGGACUCCCACAUGGUGGCAGUGAUGGAAGCGAUAGCAGCGAUGGCAGUGAUUGCCGCCCCAGUGAAGCCAUGCGGAGGAGCCAGUCCGAUGGAGCCAAGUGCCACCUCCACAAAAAAAACCCUUUUGAAGACCACCGCAGGGAACGCUCACACGGGGCCACCCUGACGGAGCACCACAGGUAUAGAAGCAGAAAGAAGAAGAAGAAAAGGAAAAAAAAAAAAAAUCAUAACAAGGGUGAAGGUAACCAAAGAAGGGAGAGUCUAAUUUUUUUAAAAGCCCCAAAUGGGCUAACAUGUGAAUGGAAAAAACAUCGGGGGAGGGACGACAGAAGGAAGGCGCUCGGAAGAAAUAAUGUGGACAACUAUUUGGGAGACGCAUACAACAGUUGUGCUCACCCCGGUGAGGGGAACCCCCUGCUGGGGGGGAGUUACGGAGAGGAGUUUUCCCGCGCCUGCCUCCAGGUGGAGAGCAACAAUUUGGUGCACACCGUGGUGGGGGCGAAGGAAGGGAAGGGGUAUACUAAGGGGUAUGCCAUGGGGCCUAUUAAGGGGCAUGCCGUGGGGACUUUAACCCCCGGCAAAAAGGGUCUUACCCCCCCCUCGGCAACGGUGUCGACCAUUCCGCAGGAAGAUUAUUCUAAAAAAGGGACGCUGAUAAAGCGGGGUAAUAACCCCCCUCCUGAGGGGGAAAAACGUUCGGAUCAGUUGUCCCCACAUGAUGGAGAGGGGCAACUGCCAGAGUUACACAAGCGUGGCAGGGAUGGUAUUCAUCUGAAGGUGCCGAAUGGACCCUCUCACUUGGCACAAUCAGAUAGAGGAAGUGGCAUCAUGAGUGUAUCAAGAGGGGGGAGUCCUCUUCCAAGUGGUACGUCCACAAGUGCCUUCUCUAAUGGGAACCGUGUGAGGAGGAAAGGCCCAUGUGGAAAGUUCCAUGCAGAUGGUGGGAAGGCCAAAGUGAACGACAAAUGGUUAGCUUCCCCCAGUGAGGAGGUAGAUACGGGGGAAGAUGAAGUAAAGAAGGGAGACAGAAAAGUGGGCCUCAAGGCAAAUAUAUCGAUCGAAAAAGGGAAAAGGAAAAACGGAAAGGUACGUCUCCCCCUUUGCGAACAAACCGGUGGCAGCAUAAAGGGGAGCGCUGAUGGGAGCCUAGUGUUUGGGGGUGCACCCGACCAGUGUGAUGACACCGCUUCCCAUUUCGAUGGAGAGAGGAAGGAUGACCCGAAUGAGCGAAACAGCGAUGUUGCAACGGAAGAAGGGGUGAACACCUUGGGAGAAUCAAACAGGGGAAAUAGGAAUUAUACGUGGGGCGCGCUCGAUUUGAGGCCCCCCCAGGAUGAUGGCCCUACUGUGAGAGAGCAGAGCACCAACGAAUGGGAACCCUUCCAAAGGAUCGAAUCGACCCUGUUACACCACAAAGGGGAAGUAGCUCCCUACGUGAGGAGUGAAGAGAAUUACCAUGUGAGAGAUAAGAACGUGAAAAAAUAUGAACAGGUCAGGUCAAAUUGUACGUCCAGCAUGGAGUACCCCAGGGAGAGAGACAUAUAUUCACACAGAGAUGUCGCCUUCCCGUCCGUUUCAAAAAAUGGAGGAAGUUCCUACAGUGAUAGAGAACGGGGUGGGCUCCCUCAUUGUGCAUCUACCCUGGGGGGAGAUAACUCAGAUGGGUAUUACUACUCAGGUGAAAGGUUUGAAGAGGCUGAUAUGGAUGAAGGGGGUAGAAAGGCCCAUCCCAGGGGGGGAGAAAAAUCCCCCUUUUUGGAAAAAGACACAUGGAAGGGACCCAGUGAUGUGGGCAUGAAUCACAAGGAAAGAGGGAACACCUGGAGGAGGAAUCAAGGCAACAUUGGGGGCACCCACUUACGGGGAGACAAAAAAGACACACUAGAUAAACGUAGCAGAGGCUUUCUCCCAAAGGGUGCUAUUCAAGAGGGGGGAAGAUCAAAUUAUUCGAAGAGCCCCACGUAUGAUCGUGCGCUGAUUAGACACAUCGAACGGGAUGUUGCGUUUUAUGAGGAUAUCUCGCGCGAUAUGGAAGGCGUCCCGGGGGGGGCUCCGAACGGAUCGUUGUAUGGCCCCUCUGAGGGGUACCUGCAUGGACCAGAUUACUCCCCCGAUUGCUCCCCCGGUGGAGACAGCGCGACCAGCUUCAACCAGAAGGACUUUUUACUUUUGAAAAAGAAAAGAGAAGAAGAUUCCAGGCUGAACAAAUGGUUAAACAAAAUAAACGCGAGGGAAAAUGAGAAAAAAAAAAAAAUUCAGGAAAAAAAAAAGGAGUCCAUCAAGAAGGAACUGGUAGAUUGUACCUUCCACCCCAGGGUCAGCAUCACCCAGCCAAGCAGAGUGAAGAGCUUCAUCAAAGAGGAGGGCAGAAAGGGGGGUGGGGGUAACAUACACAGGGAGAGGUGCAUCAAAUUAGGCCCUCACAAUGGUAAAGGACAGUUUGACGAGGAGCGCCAUGUUGCUGCUCGUGGGGAGGAUAGACGCGCAGCUCGGGCGAAGGCAAUCACACGGGUUGGAAGCGGGUGGACAGACAUUGCCUAUGAUGAGAGAGGCAUGUCGUCGAUGAGCAGAUAUGAAGAUGCACUCAUGAGUGACCACGUUGUAGGUCGAUCGAGCGGAAGCAUCCGUGUGGGGGAUCCCCAUGUGGGGGUAGCUGCAGGAGGGGUGGCAUCUAUGAGAGGGUAUCACACCAGGGGGAGGUACACUGAAGGGGAAAUCCCUCUUGAAGAGGACAUCCACAUGGAUCAUCGAAAGAGUGACGGUAGGAGCAGCGGGGAGGAGGAGCCCUACCGGGAAACCAAAAUGAAACACAGAAAUAGGAAUGAGCUGCUCUACUGGAAAGCCAUGAAGCUGAAAGAGCAGCUCCAAAGGAAGAAGGACGCAUUUGAAGAAGCCAAGGAAAAUAAAUUUAAAAGCGAAUGUAAGUUUAGCCCAGAAAUAAAAGACAACGUGAAGAUAUUCCUGUCUGAUCUUCCAAAGGGGUACAGCAAAACGGUUGAAAGGAUCAAACGGGGCGUCGAGGAGAAGAGGAGAGUGCAUAACUUCUUAGAGUUUAGAAUCCCAGUGGACACAAAUGGGGAUAAGAAUUCACAAAAUGCUUUUAGAAGCAAAUGGCAAGGGGGGAAGACUACCACUCUCUCCCCCUUCAGCUUUGACAAGGGAUUCUACAAGGUGAAAAUAAAGCCCGUUUACUUUGAAACGAAAAUAAGGCUGUCCGAAAAUAAAAUAGCCUCUUUGGCCAUUCGGGAAGACGAGGACCCCUUAUACAUCGUUGACAUAUUUUGUAAAAUCCACGCAAUUAGGGAUGAAGACAAGAGGGUGCUUUAUGAGUAUGUGAUGGACGAGUUGGGGAAGGCGUCCCAGGGUAGCUAG